CGCUGAGCAGGCAGCACCAUGUCAAUGUGACAGCUGAUCGGGUGAAUGAUGCACCACUAACCACAGCGGAAAAGAGGAGGGGGAAAUAAAAAGCAGAGCCACGGUUCUCUUCACUGGAUUGUGAGCAUUUGCCAGUCAGGAGCAGAUCAGUGGCAAGUGUAACGGGGAAUUGUAGCUGGAAGCAAGCAGUUUCCUCUCUUACUGUCAAAGGAAAAGGAUCUAUGUAUUGUACUCUGUAAUGUGCAAGCUCUCUGCAGCACAGGACUGUUCUUGAAAACCUUCAAAGGAGCUUAAUGAAUGCAAAGGCAAAGCAUUCACUAGAGCUUGUAGCUCAAGUAUGAAGGUGUAAAAGGACUGAGGGAGGACAAAAUACAAUCAUGGAAACCCAUAAUAAUAUAAUUAAAAAUUUAUUGCAUCAUCUUCUGUAGAGAUUUCCACAUAAAUCAUCAAUCCUUAGCAUAUCAGUUCCAGUGUGCUAAGGUUACAGUGACCUUCAUAAAUGCAGCAUGCAUGAAAACUUUGGACAAGCAAUUUGAAAAAGUUACAUUUUUCAGUCAAGGACAGCAUUCUGCUUAUGUGACUUUUGUGACGCCACAUUUGUAUAUAUAAAAUCUGUGAACAAACGUUGGCUAUAUGGUUACAAAUACUUAAAUUUUGGAAGGAUUCACUGCCUUUUUGGGAAAUCAGGUCAAGAUGAGGGAUACAUCAUUUACUAUUCAUUUCCUUGCUGGACUUGCAAUGGCUGCCCUAAUAAAUGCUGUGGAGAAGAAAAUAGACUGUCCUGAAUUGUGUAUAUGUGAAAUAAAGCCGUGGUUCUCACCAAAAUCCAUUUAUAUGGAAGCUCCGACAGUGGACUGUAAUGAUUUAGGACUUUUUGUUCUGCCAGAGAAAUUGCCUGCUGACACACAAGUUUUACUGCUGCAAACGAACAACAUUACAAAAAUUGAGAAAUCUGUGGACUAUCUGAGCAACAUAACUGAGAUAGACUUAUCUCAAAACAAUAUAUCUUCGACAAGAGAUAUCAAUUUAGGACAGCUCCUUCAACUUUUGGCUCUGCACUUGGAAGAAAACAAGCUAAACAAACUGCCUGACAACUGUUUGCCUGCACUAUCCAAUCUUCAGGAACUAUACAUCAAUCACAACUUGAUUUCAGCUAUUGCACCUGGGGCUUUUGUUGGACUUCAUAAUCUUCUCAGGCUUCAUCUUAAUUCAAACAGGUUGCAGCUGAUUAACAGCAAGUGGUUUGAGGCUAUUCCCAGGCUAGAGAUUUUAAAGAUUGGGGAGAAUCCAAUAAUCAGAAUCCAAGAUAUGAACUUUAAGCCGCUUAUCAACCUGCGCAGCCUGGUUUUAGCAAGAGCGAAUCUUACGGAAAUACCUGAUUAUGCUUUGGUAGGCCUUGAUAGCUUGGAAAGCAUCUCUUUUUAUGACAAUUUAUUUAUUAAAGUGCCCCACAUUGCUCUUCAGCAGGUUCACAGUCUAAAGUUUUUGGAUUUAAAUAAAAACCCUAUUGAGAGAAUACAGAGGGGAGACUUCAGGGAUAUGAUGUACUUGAAAGAACUGGGAAUUAAUAACAUGCCUGACUUAGUUUCCAUUGACAGUUUUGCUUUAAGCAACUUGCCAGAAUUAACAAAAAUAGAAGCCACAAACAACCCCAGACUAUCAUUUAUUCAUCCCAAUGCAUUAUAUGAACUUCCAAAACUUGAAACACUGAUGCUCAACAGCAAUGCUUUAAGCGCCCUGUACCGGAUUACAGUAGAGUCUCUUCCUAACCUCAGAGAAAUCAGCAUGCAUAGUAAUCCGAUCAGAUGCGACUGUGUCAUUCGCUGGAUCAACAUGAAUAAAACUGCAGUUCGAUUUAUGGAGCCAGAUUCAUUAUUUUGUUCGGAACCACCAGAGUUACAAGGUCAGCAAGUCCGACAAGUACACUUCAGGGAGAUGAUGGAAAUUUGCCUCCCACUUAUUGCUCCAGAAAGCUUUCCUCUUCAGAUAAACACCAAUAAUGAAAGUUCAGUUUCAUUACACUGUAGGGCAUUUGCAGAACCAGAGCCAGAAAUCUAUUGGAUCAUUCCUUCUGGACAUAAAAUACUUCCCAACACAGUCUCUGAUAAAUACUACAUGCACCCCGAGGGAACCUUUGAAAUAUAUGGCAUUACAGAGCAUGAAGCAGGGCUGUACACUUGUGUUGCUCAUAAUCUUGUCGGUGCAGACUUGAAAUCUGUCCUGAUAAAAGUUGAUGGCUCUUUUCCCCCAUCUGACAAUGGAUCAUUAAAUGUAAAGGUGAAGAAUGUGCAAGCACAUUCAGUUUUAUUAUCAUGGAAAAUUUCUCAGAACCAGUUUGCCUCCAAUAUAAAAUGGUCCACUACAAUGAAGGUAAAUAGUCCAACUAUUGCAUAUACAGCUAGAGUGCCAUCUGAUGUCAAGGUAUACAACUUAACACAUCUAAACCCAUUAACAGAAUAUGAAAUAUGUGUGGACGUUCCCAACAUUCAGAAACAGAAUUUCAAGAAAUGUGUCAAUGUGACAACGACAGGCUUAGACCUAGCAGUGCAGAUGAAGGGAAAAUGGAAUCACAAUGCAUUAAUUGCAAUGCUGGGUGCAAUAAUGGGAGUAACCUUUCUUGCUAGCCUUCUGUUGUAUGUGGUUGUGAAGAGCAACUGCAUUUUUGGAAGCAGGUACUUGAGAAAUCAACAGUCAAAUAAGUCAACAGUUUCUAUUGAUGACACCACGUAUUCCCCACUGACAAAUCUCUGGGUUUCCAGAAAAGAGGCAGGGGCAGCAGUAGAAGUGAAAGCUACGGUGAUAGACAUUUCAAACAAUUUCUUAUAAAGAAAUAAGAUGUUUUAAUUUUAUAUUUAAGGAAAGAUUAACUUCAAGAGUAUAAGCACAAGACUCUGCUGAAUGCGUGUGCUUAUGCAACUCUCAAAACAUCUUUCUUGAAGAUUUUAAUACAGAUACAUCUGGUUCACCUGUAAUGAUUAAGGAUUUCACUGGGUUCCGGUAUCAUUUUUCCUAAAAGGUGACAGAAAAUGAAAAGUCUCAGAUGCUACUGUUUGAAACAUUAUUUAUAAAAUCACUUAAUGUGAUAUUCCUGGUUACUUACCAUAUGAUAUGGUGCAAAUGGAAUAAAGGAAACGAGAAAGAUUUGUCUCUGUUACUGACUGUUAUAUAUGUAAAGAAUAGUGGAACUACCCUAGUGGUCCUGAGCAAUACCCUCUGUGCUGUAUUACGUACAUAGGCAAGUUAGAGUGCCAAAUGUGGUCUUUAUAAUGGCGAUAUAUCAGUAGAAUAUAGGAUAGCAGUGACUAUGAUGUGGAAAACAAAAGGUUUUUAUGAAAAAAUACAUUUUUUGAUUUAAAUAAAAAUGUUUAUUGCCUUUCAUUUGAAAACAAUCAAAUAUCAAUUUGCUUUGCAUAAUAGUCAGAAAAUAUCUUUUCUUCAAAUGAGUUUUGUUAUUCAUGGCAAUUUGCUCAAAAAUAAAUAAAAAUGAAAUGAAUACAUAUAAUCAUAUUUAACUGACAUGAGCCUGUACAAGUCAAUUAACCUGUAAAGUAACAAAGAUUGAAAAUGAAAAGCUUGGACUAUUUAUAACAUCAUAAUCAAAAGCCCACUUAAUCUAAUUCAGGGUAGCAGGCCAAUUUAAAAUCACCAAUUAACUUAAUACGCAUGGGAUGUGAAAGUAAAACCAUAAUAGCCGAAGAAAAACUCGCACAGACUUGGGGGAAAUGUGCAAACUCGACAUAGAAGGGGUCUGGAAUGGACAGUUCAAGCCCAAGAUGCUGGAUUUAUGAGGCAGGAGUGCUGGGCAAUUUAGCACAUCUCUUGUAGGUAUUAAAAACCAAAAAAGAAUCUUGCAAAGUGUGUUGCUCUUGAAUCUGAUUUCUAAAAACCACAUAUUUUCUCUGUAAUUGUUGUUGUAAGGUAAAAACAUAUUGCAGCUUAUCAUAUUUGGAGAAAUAACAGUGAUAUAUGAAUAAUAAUAAUUAAAUAUACUAAAACCAUGAAAAGUAAAUUUAACAAGAAUAUUUGUUAGAAUGGCUAUUGUGGAGUAAUCUUUCUCCUGAAAAAUAAAGUGAAAAAGUUUAUCAGCAUGUCAAAGACAGGAAACAAAAUUGAACAAACAGUAUAAAUAAUUGCUGAAAAGUUGGCAGCCAUAUAUAUAGUCUGAUCCUGUACUGUACAUUAUCAUUAAAGGUAAGCAACAGAAAUUUAUCAGCUCCAUUUUAAACAGGUAAGUAAGUUUAGUCAUGUGUAUUAUCCUAAUGAAAAUAAACAUACAAAAUGUUUUCCCACCAUAUUCAUCAAAAAACUAACCAAUGGGAACAUUUUCUUCAACACAUACUAAUAAGAAAUAAUGUGAAAAGAUAACUGCUGGUUAAACAAAUCACACUCUGAGUGACUUAAUGAUUAUCUAUCUAUCUAUCUAUCUGCCUUUUGUUGAGAAAUCAAACAUGUCACACAUCAGGUGCUUCUUUCCAUUUUGUUGUCAAGUACAAUAUGCUUGUUUGAGAAUUAUGCAGAAGGACGCAGAAAGUCAGGAAUCUGAAAGAAUGUAAACAUUGUUUAAUUCUAAAUGACAGCUUCAAUUAAUCUCAUCUUCAGAUUGCUUAUUUGUAACAAAAGCCUCUGAGCAGAAUUCUUUAUGAGGACCAACAGCACCAAAAGGUUACAAUGAAAAGUACUGGUAUAAUGAUCAAACCUCCGCAAUCUCAUUAAUUUUAAUUCUUAAAUUGUGUGAAUCAUAUUAAAGAUGGAAUAUGAUGAGAAAGUGCAUGAAUCAAAGACAAAACAAAUUACGACUAUUUAAAUACCGUGUUAUUUUUACUAUUAUGCACUUUUUAAUUGAUUAAUUUUUGUAUUAAAAAGAAAUUCAUUUAUGAGUUAGCAACAUGGGAGCAGAAUGCCCUGAAUAAAGCCGGAUACUCAGCGUGAAAAUGGGAAACUCUAAAAGUACCAUGAAAGCAAUGAUACAUGAAACAGUUUUAACUUAAACACAAAACUACCACUAGUGGAGUUCUAUUAAGAUGGAAAAUUCUAGGAAAGCAACACAAAUUAUUUCAGAAAUAUACCAAUGUUAUUGUUACUAUUAUUUUGUGUUUUUCAGUGUUUACAGAAAUGUUUUUCUUACUCAAGCAUCCAUUUUUUGAGCCUACUCCACUAUUCAAGAAGAACUAACGGUGCACCAAAGGUUUAUUACAACAAAUACAAGGGCAGACAUACAGUAAAUGAAGUCCCACACAUGGUCA